CGUUGGUUAGCCUAGAAAAAAGAGAACGCCCGCCUCCUGACCCAUAAGGCCACGGGGCAGGAAGUCCCGCUCUCUCUUCCUGUUCUCCAUCAUGGCGCAAGAUCAAGGUGAAAAGGAGAACCCCAUGCGGGAACUUCGCAUCCGCAAACUCUGCCUCAACAUCUGUGUGGGGGAGAGCGGAGACAGACUGACCCGGGCAGCCAAGGUGUUGGAGCAGCUCACAGGCCAGACACCUGUGUUUUCCAAAGCCAGGUACACCGUCAGGUCCUUCGGCAUCAGGAGAAAUGAAAAGAUUGCUGUUCACUGCACCGUCCGUGGAGCCAAGGCAGAGGAAAUUCUGGAGAAAGGCCUGAAGGUGCGGGAGUACGAGUUACGGAAAAAUAACUUCUCAGAUACUGGAAACUUUGGUUUUGGCAUUCAGGAGCACAUUGAUCUGGGCAUCAAAUACGACCCAAGCAUUGGUAUCUACGGCCUGGACUUCUAUGUGGUGCUGGGUAGGCCAGGUUUCAGCAUCGCAGACAAGAAGCGCAGGACAGGCUGCAUUGGGGCCAAGCACAGGAUCAGCAAAGAGGAGGCCAUGCGCUGGUUCCAGCAGAAGUAUGAUGGGAUCAUCCUUCCUGGCAAAUAAACUUUAUACAAAAGGCCAAUAAAAUUUUCUCAGAAA